AUGUCAGAAAUUGAAUUAGGUAUUACUGCUGAUAUGCAUGUCCACCUUCGUGAUGGUAAAAUGAUGGAGUUAAUAGCACCAACUGUCAGAGAAGGUGGUAUAUCUGUCGCUUAUAUCAUGCCUAAUUUGGUUCCACCUAUCACUACCAUUGAUAGAGUAGUUGAAUACAAACAACAAUUAGAAAACUUAUCCCCUAAAACCACCUUUUUGAUGUCAUUCUAUUUAAGUCCAGAAUUAACCCCCGAAUUAAUUAACGAAGCCGCUUCUAAAGGUGCUAUCCAAGGUGUCAAAUGUUAUCCAGCUGGUGUUACUACCAAUUCUGCUCAUGGAGUUGAUCCAAAUGAUUUCACUAAAUUUUAUCCUGUAUUCGAAGCUAUGGAAAAGAAUAACUUGGUUUUGAAUUUACAUGGUGAAAAACCUGCUAAGAAAGAUGAUGAAGAGAUUAAUAUCUUAAAUGCUGAACCAUUAUUCUUACCAAUCUUGGAAAAAUUACAUAGUGAUUUCCCAAAUUUAAAAAUUAUCUUAGAACAUUGUACUUCUAAACAAGCAGUUGAAAUGAUUGAAAAAUUGAAUAGUGGUUAUAAGCCUGGUGAUAAAGUCAAUGUUGCUGGUACCAUUACUGCUCAUCAUUUAUCUUUAACCAUUGAUAAUUGGGCCGGUAAUCCAAUCAAUUAUUGUAAACCAGUUGCUAAAUUCCCUCAAGAUAAGAAAUAUUUAAUUGAAGCUGUUACUUCAGGAAAACCAUAUUUCUUCUUUGGUUCUGAUUCAGCUCCUCAUCCAAUUGAAGGUAAAGCCAGACAUACUGGAGUUUGUGCUGGUAUUUAUACUCAAAAAUACGCUAUUAGUUAUUUAGCUGAAGUUUUUGAAAAGAAAGAUAAAUUAGAUCAAUUGAAAAAAUUUGUUUCUGAUUUUGGUUUAGAAUUCUAUGAUGUAGAUACCUCCAAAUUGAAAAAUUCCGAUAAAUGUUGGUUAGUUAAACGUAAAUUUAAUGUUCCAGAGAUUAUUGGUAAUAAAGAAAUCACCGUUGUUCCAUUUAAAGCUGGUGAUGAAUUGGAUUGGCAAAUUGAAUGGAGAUAA